AUGCAGAUGACAUCGCGAUCAUGGCUGAAAGUAUCGACGAUCUUCAAUUCCUUAUAGAUCGAGUCACUAGAGAAUGCUCUAAUAACGGAAUAAGCAUAAAUACAACAAAGAUAAAAUUACUUGUCGUUAGUAAACAAGACCUCGGCGCUAUACAACUAUCAAUAAUGAACCGAUAAUAAAAGUUACCAUAUUAAAUACCUAGGAUGUUGGAUAAACGAAACACGAACUCGGGAUGAAGAAAUUAUAACUCUUAUAGAAAUAGCAAGAGGAGCAUUUAUGAAGCUUAGAUCUAUUCUGCGCAAUUCUCAACUAUACUUACAGCUGAGAAUUAAGUUCCUAAAUAUUAUGUGUAUCCUGUAUUACUGUAAGGAUGUGAAACCUGGAUUAUGAAGGUUAACAUGAUGAAUAAAUUUGAAGCCUUCGAGAUGUGGUUAUAUCAUAGAAUGCUUAGAAUAUCAUGGAUUCAACAUAUUUCAAACAGACAAGUCUUGAACAGAGUAGGUCAAGGUGAAGGUGAAUUAAUAAAGAUGAUAAAAAAGAGCAAACUCGCAUAUCUAGGGCAUAUAAUUAGAGGAAGCAGAUACAGGAUCAUACAGUUGAUACUUAACGGAAAUAUCGACGGAAAAAGAGGAAUUGGUAGAAAGAAAUACUCAUGGCUCCGAAACCUUCGUCAAUGGAUUGGCUUAUCAGCAGAUAAAUUAUUACAUGCCGCACAAGAUCGAGAACGAUAUCGGCAAAUAGUCAUGGAAGCUAGCCAUGCCUAA